GCGAAGAGCGGGAUCCGGAUCUGACCGGUCGGGUUCCGGACCGGGUAUAAAAAGAGCGAGCGGAGCCGGGAGCCGCUUCAUUCGUUUGCGAGAGAGAGGUUGACGGAAUUCAGUCAGAGUUUCAAUCAAUUCCGUCCAGACGUUAAACAAACACCGCCCGCCAUGCCCAAGAGAAAGGCUGAAGGAGACUCCAAGGUGGAGAAGGCAAAGGGGAAAGAUGAGCCACAAAGACGAUCUGCACGGUUAUCUGCUAAACCUGCCCCACCAAAACCAGAGCCCAAGCCCAAGAAAGCUGCUCCGCCAAAGAAGGCUGAAAAGGCACCAAAAGGAAAGAAAGGAAAGGCCGAUUCUGGCAAGGACAGCAGCAAUGCUGCUGAAAAUGGAGAAGCCAAAUCAGACCAGGCACAGAAGGCAGAGGGAACUGGGGACUCCAAGUGAGCAGUGUGAAUUUUUGAUAACUGUGUACUUCUGUUGACUGUACAGUUUGAAAUACUAUUUUUUAUCAAGUUUUAUAACAAUGCAGAAUUUGUUUUACUUUUUAUUUUUAAGCUGUGUUGGCACAAUGAUGCUUUGUGUUUUUUAUGGGAUGGGAUGUGCAGUGGUCUAAUCACCACCUUGGGCAGUGGCUCUUUGAGUCUCCGUUCUGGUGGUUUUUCCAUGAAUGUGACAAUUUUAUUUUUAACCCUGUCCUCUGAUUUAGACAGGCAGCUAUUUGAGCCCCUUACUGCUUGGGACUGAAACAGUUGUUAAAGCAGUACAAGGGGAGGGAAGUUUUAACAACUCAGCUGAUGCUUAUGGGGCCAGGCUGGGUUAAUUUUUCUCGUUUGUUUUUCAUGACAACGCUCCAAAUGUGAAGCGCCUAUCCUCCAUCAAUUUAUGGGUUUUAUAGUGAUUUGCAGUUUGAGGUGGGUUGGGGAAUUAUGAUGUUGUUUUUAAUAUGUUGUAGCUUGUCCUGCCUGACUUUUGCAAUGACUGUUCAUGGAAAAAGCAUCUUCAAUAAAGCUGGAAUCUGUUUGGCUCCAUUUAA